ACGCGUCGAGCGCCAGCGGGCCUCGUUGGCGCUGGCGGUGGAGAAGGGUUCGAAGGCUGAGAGGAUCGCCCAGCAUGACAUGGAGAUUCGCUUCGUUGCUGUGGUCAGACACCGUGAUGCUCUGGCCCAAGCAGCCGAGGCACAUACAAAUGCGGUCGCGGAGCUGGAGGCUGCCGCGGCCGCCCACCGCGCAUCACACGAAGCCAUGGGCAGUUUCGACCCCAGGGCGUUCAAGGAGAAUAUCAUGCAGGACGAGCGGGCUGAGCACGCGAGUGGCCCUCUUCCGGCGGGGGGCCUUGGACCCAUCCCGCCGACCCCGCCCAACCUUGCCAACAUGUCGGUGAUCGAGCGACGUGAAUGGCGCAACGAGAAGGGCCGGCGCUUCGAGCAUUGGGCCCUGAUCAAGAUUUGCAACCAGCAGUCGCACGCCGAUGGCGCUGAGUCUGUUCUGCCCGACGCGCAGGACGAGGCCACUUAUCAGUUGGAGCUGAACGUUCUCAAGAAACGGAGUCUUGACCAUGGUCUUUCCCCAGAGGAGCUUGCCGCCAUGGAGCGCCUCACGCAGAAAAGUGCCAGGGUCAAAGCUCAGGAGAAGAUCCACACUGAACGCGACGCGGCCCGGAGCUCCUUCGAGCGCGCGCUGGCCCAGACGCAGCCAGUCGACG